AUGUCUAUACAAGAGCAAGAUAAUGGCUCCGGUCACUACAAUAAAAACAGAUCAUCUUCACAAGUAUCUUUAGAUAGUCUGAAUUCAGGUACACACGUAGAAGGUCAUUAUCCUCCAGAAACAUAUAGUCUCCCUCAAGAUAACAGUUCACAUGAAAUGUUAAGUAAGAUUUACACAGGUGGGACAAAUAAUGAAUACGUCUUCAUAGGACGUCAAAAAUUUCUUGCGAGUGAUCUAUAUGCCGCCUUCGGUGGUACAUUGAAUCCAGGUCUAGCCCCACCAUCAUCACAUAAGUUUGCUAAUCCAGCACCUUUAGGUUUAUCUGCAUUUGCUUUAACUACUUUUGUAUUAUCAAUGUUUAAUGCUAGGGCACAAGGUAUACAGAUUCCCAAUUUAGUGGUAGGACUGGCUAUGUUUUAUGGAGGGUUAAUCCAAUUAAUUGCUGGUAUUUGGGAAAUUGCCCUUGAAAAUACUUUCGGUGCUACAGCAUUAUGUUCAUUUGGUGGGUUCUGGCUAAGUUUCGGAGCAAUUUACAUUCCAUGGUUUGGUAUAUUAGAUGCAUACGGAGACAAUAAAGAAGAAUUAGGGAAUGCUGUAGGUUUUUAUUUACUUGGCUGGUGUAUUUUCACUUUUGGUCUAACGGCAUGUACCAUGAAAUCAACGGUCAUGUUAUUCGCAUUAUAUUUCCUUCUAUCAAUAACUUUUUUGCUUCUCUCUAUUAGUAAUUUUACAGGUAACUUUAAAGUUCAGAGAGCAGGUGGAGUAUUGGGAAUUAUUGUAGCGUUCAUUUCAUGGUAUAAUGCAUACGCAGGUAUUGCCAAUAACCAGAAUUCAUACGUUCUUUCUCAUCCAUUUGCAUUACCAAGUAACAAUAAAGUCAUCUUUUCAUGA